UGUUUAAGAGAGUGAAAUAGUAGAAUAGAAAGACAGAGACAGAAGAAAAGGAAACCAUAAAUUCAUCUGACCAGCGGAGGAGACGACGAUGUGUCUCGUCUCAGGGACCUGCUGCUGCCUUCACUGACCAACACUGAUCAGUCAUAUUGUGGUCAUGGCGGUGGAGAUGCUGUGGACCUUAUUCAUCCUGCCCCUGUGUUCGGCCCAUGCAGCUCGCUCCCAGAACGAGUCUCAGGGACUUUCCUGUGUGAACGACUUUGUCAACAAUGUCAGCUGCACGUGGAACAGCACCGCUGUGGCUCCUGGUCUGGACUGUUGGAUCCACGGUGUCAAGAAAAUCUGGAAGUUCGAGAGCAACAGAAGAGUUCCCAAACUAAUCGACCAAAGCUGCAAGCUGAAACAACAGGGAGCCUCUCCUCCAGGCUGCAGCUUCGUCUUCGAAAAUCAAGAAUUUGACUUUUAUGAAGUCAUGCCCAACAUCAGCGUGAAGUGUGACGGCAAGUUGUUGGAGAUCCUCACCGACUAUGACCCGUGUGAACACAUCAAAUUGAAUCCUCCAGGUGUUCCCAAUGUCAGGAGCACUGCUAAUGAGACCUGGUUAUCAUGGAGUCCAGGCAGUCCUCUCUCUGACUAUAUCGUAACCUUUGAUUUCCAAAUUCAGAUCAAACUACAGAAACAGACAUGGAAGGAGGCCAGUACUUUGUUUACACAAGCCAAAGGCCUAAGAAUACCUGCUUGGCAGCUAAAGGGGCACAGCCAGGUGAGGGUGAGAGUCAAGUCCAGUGGCGAGCACUGCGACAGCCACUGGAGCAACUGGAGUCCAACAACAUCUUGGAUGGGAGCGCCAGAUGUGGCGUCACAGGAUCAAGGUUGGUUUCUGGAUCACACAUCGCUGGUGGUGCAGGGAGUGGUGCUGAGCAUGGGGCUCUUUGUUGUAGUGCUGCUCUUUUACAUGAGUUGCCUGUGCAGGCGGCGUCUGAAGGAGAAGCAAGUACCAAACCCGUCUAAAUACUUCCCCACGCUCCACCCUGUCCACGGAGGGAAUCUAAAGAAAUGGCUGAAUCCUCUGUCGGCCUCUGAAUCGUUCUUCACAGCUCAGCCGUGCGACCACAUCUCCCAGGUGGAGGUGUGUGAAAGCUGGGAUGUGGUGCCUUCCACCUCUCCCUCCACCAGCUCCACCUGCGCUCUGCUUCACUCCCGGAGCUACCCCACCGCUGGCUCUGACACUAGCGGGGUUGUCGAUAAUUCCUCCUCCUCCUCAUCCUGCUUCUCUAACAUGGGCUAUUUCAUGUCCAACGCCUCCAGCGGCUUGGCUCGAACUGACCCCGGUCCUGCCUACUUCACCUAUCAGGAUGAUUUCCACAAUCUGCACGACAACCUCCACUUCUCCCUCUGCCCCUCCUUCACCGCCCUCCGAGCCUACGAGAGCCUGAAGAGGGAGCCGCAGAGCCCAGACUCCGGCUUCGGCAUCGGACAGGAAGACGAAGAGGGCAAGGAAGAUGAGAAGGGCGUGCGUUUAGAGGAGGGGUCAGACGACCACCAGAGCUCACCCCUUCUUAUCCUCCCUCUGCAUCUUUCUUCCUGGGCGUGCCCUCCUUCCUCCGCUCCACCCCCUCCUCAUCCUCCCAGUCUAACUCAGAUACGCUCUGACAGCCAGGAGGUGGACGAUGAACCUGAGGAGGCUGCUGGUGAAAGCUACACGGCCUGGCCCGUGGCUGGUUCCAUGUGCAGGUCUUCCUCGAUGCCCGUUGAGCCCUGUAAGACGGGCUACCUCACCCUCAAAGAACUACAGACCACAUUCAGCAAUAAAUCCAUCUGAAAACGUCCGUGACAACAUUUGAAAUUUAAUCUGUGUUUACAUCACGAAGCAAACCUGACAGAUUGAUGUGUGUUGCAGUUUGAUUUGGAGCAUAUUGGGAGGGUUCUCUGCAUUUAUAUAUAUAUUUCACUAGGAGGCAGCAGAACAAGCUGACGAAGUUGUUAUGGUUAACUCGUUAGCAGGUGGGGUUGUGUUUCUGGUCACCUGGUGAAUGCAAGUCCAAUAUUCACAACCCUUUCAGCUCUGUUUUGGUCUCACUAACUCCUGAGGGAAACAUCUGGCUCUUUAGCUGCUAAAUUCUCCACUGUGUUCAGAAGCUAAGUCACUAACUUGGUGGUGUUGGACAUGUAGCGUACGGUGGGUUAAACAAGCUUCAUAAGAGCGUUGAGCCAAAACAGUAAAAAGUCGUGAGCCAGAAAACCAAAACAAGCUGAAAGAGGCUGAAAAAACUACGUAUGACCUGAACAUUUCACAUCACAUGUUAUCCUUUGAUUCCCUGCAUCUACACAAACUUAGAUUUUUAAUAAUCAGAUAAUCAGAUACUGUAGCUUGCUACAAAGUGCUACUUAGGUUGCAUUAAUAAAAAACAAACAAACAAACAAACAAAAAACGUAGAUAGCAUUACUUCAGCACUGUCACUGUUCAGACACAACCACUGAAGGGUCUUUUGCUGUGAUUAUUGCUGAAAUCAAUAGAGUUAUGGUGCAGGAAUGUGUCACGAUGAGAUCAGAUAAGAUAUACAUGUAAAACAUCAACGGACUGUGUGACACAGCGCAGUUAAAGAACAACCCAACCUUUCAGAAACACACCGGAAAGAUUUAAAGCUGAAGUAUUUUUGAAUGAUUAAUUCUUCAGUUUCAGUCAGCUUUGUUUGGCAUUAGUGUUAAAAAAUAUAUGUAAUAAAAUUGCAGAGUAUGAAAGUGCCAUCAGUUAUUAAUGAUACCAUCUUAAAAAUACUUAUUACUUUAACCUGUAUCCUACAAAGACAUGUGCUGUGAGAGCUCUUUCAAACUACUAAUAAAAAUCUUUAUUCCUGCAGGCAGAUCUAGGAUUUUGAGAGCAGUGGGACGGGAGUCAGAAGUGCUUUGAUUAUAUGAAUAUAGUAAUAAAUUACUUUUAAUAGACAUGUAAUCUACUACUUACUUUAGAGAGAAGACAUUAUAGUAUAUGACAUCUGUUAUCGCUUGUGCUCUGAGCUGAUGUUUAACUCUAUAGCAAUAGUUAAGCAUUAAACUGAUUGAUUUUUUUUUACUUACAUUGAUUUACCAUCAAAGGAAAGGCAGCUGGUUUGCCACUGAUGUUUUUGUAAGUCAUUUGUUGUCAUUUGUUUGAACCUCAUGCAAGAAAUCAAAUCAUUAAUCAUCAGUUUAUCAUUAUUUCAGAAGCAGAUCCACUCCACAGUAAUAACUGCACCCGGUAAACUUUUGCUAUCCACAGUGAAAAAGUCUCUUAACACAUUAAGGACCAUGUUUAUUAAAUGACUGCUUAUUCUACAUUCAUGUAAAUCAAUGAGGUCAGUGAUAAAUGUUGCUAAUCUUUGCUGCUCCACACACGCAGUAUAUUUCCGUUGCACUCAGUGACAUCUGUGCAGAGACCAAGCAAAAUAAAAGCUCUGGUAGAAA